CACACACGACAGCUUCCUUUGUCUGCAGCAUUCUGAAUCAGUUCUGGACUUGAAGAACAUUGUUAAUACAAUGGCAUCAGAAACUAACCUCUCCAAGGCCAUCGCCUCCUUCUCUCAGGCUCUCCGUAAUAAGCUGAGUGAGGAUGAUGGAAGUGCGAAUAUCUUCUUCUCUCCUUUCAGUAUCUCCUCAGCUCUGUCUAUGGUGAUGCUAGGGGCCAGAGGCAACACAGCCAAGCAGAUGUCAGAGGUCCUUGGUUUCUCUGAGGUAGAGGAACAGGCAGGACCAGGUGAAUGCAUGCAGAUGGGGGAGCAGAUGCAGAUGCCGAUGCAGAUGCAGAGUCAGAGUCAGAGUCAUGGACGGAUCCAGAUGUACAUGCAGACAAGAAGUCAUAUUCGGGGUCAUCUUCAUCAACAGAUGCAGAUGCAGAUGCAGCAGCGUUCCAGCAGACUGCCCAACUAUAUUCGGAAGCAAUUGAAUCUCCAGAGUGAUGAAGAUGAUGCCCACUCUAAGUUUUCCAAACUGCUGAAGGCUCUCAACAAACCAGAUGCUGAAUAUGACCUCAGCACGGCCAACAGAUUGUAUGGAGAGCAGACUUAUAACUUUAAAGAGGAUUUCAUAGCAGAAACCAAAAAGUUCUACAAUGCGAUGAUGGAGUCUGUGGAUUUCCUGAACGCCUCAGAGGCCACCCGAAUCCAGAUCAAUACUUGGGUGGAGGAAGAGACUAAAGGUAAAAUUAAGGACCUGCUGACAUCGGAUGUGGUGGAUAGCUCCACCAAAAUGGUACUGGUCAAUGCCAUCUACUUUAAAGGCAAAUGGGCCCGAAUGUUUGAGGAGGAAUACACUGUUGAUGCCCAGUUUAGAAUAAACAAGAAUGACCAAAAGCCUGUGAAGCUGAUGACCCAGAAAAGUGAUUUCCCUUUUGCAUACAUCCCUGAGGUCAACUGCCAGAUCCUUGAGAUGGCUUAUAAAGGGGAAGAACUGAGUAUGAUCAUCUUUCUGCCCGAUGAGAUAGAUGAUGAGACCACCGGACUGGAGAAGCUGGAGAAGGAGCUGACCUAUGAGAAGUUCAGGCUGUGGACUCAAAUGCUUCAUCCACUUGAGAUUCAAGUGAAGAUCCCACGUUUCAAGAUGGAGGUUGCGUAUAACCUAAAUGAUGUACUGAAACGCAUGGGCAUGAUGGAUGCGUUUAAUGUGGCAUUGAGCAACUUCUCUGGUAUGAGUGAAUCCACUAACCUGGUCCUGUCUGACGUCGUCCACAAGGCCGUUGUGGAUGUAAAUGAAGAGGGAACUGAGGCAGCUGCUGCCACUGCUGCCGUCAUAAGUAGGCGAUCCAUAUCGAUCCCGAAAACCUUCACUGCAGACCAUCCCUUCCUCUUCUUCAUCCGGAACAACGCCACCGACACCAUUCUAUUUAGUGGACGGUUUUGCUGCCCAUAGAGAGCACAUGACCUCCAGAGCACUGGGAUUCAACCAGAAGGAUCACCUUAAUGUUUCAUAGUGUUAGAUUUGAGGAUUUCUCUACAUACCACACUGGAGUCUCACUUUCAUAGUAAUGUCAAUGUUUGUAAAUCCAUACGGAACAGACUUUGGGUCAUAUUUGUGCUCAUACACAACAUAAACUUAGCUAUUCAUAAUUUUAAGCCAAAAUUUUUUGUUACUAAUGUCCAUUCUAAUGUCCAUUCAUUGUGAAUGUCUGUCAAAAUACACAAAAUGGCAAAUACUUACGCAUUUAAAGCUGUUUUUCUUUAAUGUAUGCUCCCUGACCCAAUCAGGGAUUGUCAUUUUGGGUCAUGAUGUUUACUUCCUGUAUAAAUAUAAAUUAGUGGGGACACUGAAAUGUA